AUGCUUCAUGUUCUCAUGCCAUCCGGUGAGGAACUGGCCGCCAUCCCUACUGCAGAUUUAAGCACUGUCCAGAGUCUGAAAAAAGACUUGCAGAAGAUCUGCGGUGUUCCGCGUUUUCGGCAGAAGAUUCUGCACGACGGCAGUGCUUUGGAGGAAGACAUGUGCCUUGACACUUCAAUGGAGAGUGUGCUUCUGGUCUUAGUGACGUUCUGCGCAGCUUCGGAAGACGAGAUCGAGGAGCUCGUUUAUUCCCCUUGCGAUGGCUCUGUCGAGGACGUGGAAAAAGUCUUGCAGCGGUCCAUAGACCCAAAUGCAACUACUGCCGACGGCAAAACAGCUCUGAUGCAGGCAUCUCAAGAUGGCUACACAGACAUUGUGCAGUUGCUCUUGGAAGCUCGUGCUGAUAUGGACAUGGCCGACCAUGAUGGCGUCACACCCCUGCUUGCCGUGUCUCGCGAAGGUGGGGAGGACAUGGUCCGCUGGCUCCUGGCCGCCAGAGCAGAUUUAAACAAGGCGGACAGCAAUGACUGCACACCUUUGGUCGGUGCCUUUCAAGAAAUGCAAAUUGACAUUGCACGGCUGCUGGUGCAUGCUGGUGCUGGUACUGGUCCAGGUCCUCAAGGAAACGAGUUGCUCCACAGCGAAUGCUCUGAGGGCAACCUGGAGGUUGUUCGAUUGCUCUUGGAGGCGAAGGUUGACCCCAAUACUGCAACUGUGGACGGCGCGACAGCUCUUAUAGCUGCAAGCGGUGAAGGUCAUCAAGAAAUCGUGCAGAUGUUAUUGACCUCGAAGGCAGAUGCAAACCGUAUUGAUGACAAUGGCUUCACUGCACUCUUCCUGGCAGCCCAAAACAAGCACUCGGAAGUUGUUCGCCUGCUGGUGCAGGCUGGUGCUGAUCCUGAUAAGGAGGUCAUGGGGACCACCGCGCUUGCCAGUGCGAUUGUGGACGACUCUGUCGAGGUUGUGCGCUGGCUCCUGCAUGCAAAGGUUGCAGUCGACCAGGUGAACGAGGACGGCCAGACUCCGUUGAACACGGCAUGUUCCUUUGGCCAUGUGGAGGUCGUGCGAUUGUUAGUGCAAGCUGUGGUUGACAGAAUAGGCCCCGUGGGCCUGGACCGCGUGGACAAAUGCGGUGGCUACACUGCUCUACAUUGCGCAGCUAUCCACAAGUUCUUUUCAGUGGCUCGUGUGCUCGUCGAGGCCGGGGCCAGCAAAGACAUAGAAGACGACAUGGGUUAUAUACCUUCUGACUAUGCAAAGGAUGACGACAUGACCAAGCUUCUGGCCACGGACAGGCCGAGCAAAAGAGAUAAGGACGAGUGUAGCGAAGCAUUCGAGAGCGACAUCGGAGACGAAGAGGAGGUCGGCAGCGAACCCAAGGAGAAAUAUGAGAAAUGUAGCCUAGGCCUAGACAGCGAGGAGAAUGCGCCGACAGGUCAGGCAGAGGCUGCCGCCCGCACUUACGUGGCAGGAUUACUGUCGCCAUUUAUCGCCAGUCCCUCCAAGGGGAAGCGGUGA